AUGGAUGACCGUACUCCUUGUUCGCGCCGACCAAUCAAAUCUCGCCACCACACCAGAGUGAAGCGAUUUGAAGUUCGACCCCGUCAGAAGACGACGGACCACUCGGCAUCUGGUCAAGAGGCACCAGUUCGUCGUCUUCUGACGGGACCGACCUUCGAAAAUCUUCACCAACCGUCUUCACUCGAAAUGGAAGUAAGCUCAGCAAUUAUGAAACAAGAGGCUUCUUGA